AUUCGAAACGGAAUUUUAUAUGUCGCAAACAAUAUUGGUCAGUAAUAUGCUGCUAAAAUUACCUUGUAAUGGCUGAGCCGUCAAUAAUAAAAUAAUAGCAAAAUAAUCGAAAUUACAAUUACUGAGAACAAAACCGUCUUUAUUAACUUCUUUGAUUAACAGACGCUACCACAAGUAAGCAGAAGGUAAUAUUUAUGUUUUCGAAUGUAAACAUGGCAGGAGAGUCGGUAGGGAGUGAAGAGAACGAUGGUUCUGUUCAAAAUGCAAAUGUCAGGAAAAACAGAAGAGACUCUGGUAAAACUGCUAAUGACAAGCCUGGUGCUCCAAAGUCCAUUAAAAGGAAGCGCGAUUCAUUAGAAGUGAUCGACGACGAUGUGGAUAUCAAACCUUCCAAAGAUCAACUACGAACUCAUCGCCUAUGUCCAUACUUAGACACAAUAAACCGACAAGUUCUGGAUUUUGACUUUGAAAAAUUAUGCUCUGUAUCCCUCUCAAGGAUCAAUGUCUAUGCUUGCCUGGUGUGCGGGAAAUAUUUUCAAGGCAGAGGUACAAACACACACGCAUAUACACAUAGUGUCGCUGAAAGCCAUCAUGUAUUUCUCAACCUUCAUACUUUGAAGUUUUACUGUCUACCAGACAACUAUGAAAUUAUAGAUUCCUCACUUGAUGAUAUAAAAUAUGUCCUCAAUCCAACAUUUACUUCAGAACAGAUUAGUGCCAUGGACACUAGUGACAAAUUAUCAAGAGCAAUUGAUGGAACAAUGUACAUUCCAGGGAUUGUAGGACUUAACAAUAUAAAAGCUAAUGACUAUUGCAACGUUAUUUUGCAGGCAUUGUGUCAUGUAACACCACUAAGAAAUUAUUUUCUACGUGAAAUUAAUUAUGCUCGUAUAAAGAGACCACCAGGAGACAGUUCAUUCUUACUGGUACAGAGGUUUGGAGAGCUUAUGCGAAAGCUUUGGAACCCUCGUAACUUUAAGGCACAUGUUUCUCCCCAUGAAAUGCUUCAAGCUGUUGUCCUGUGGAGUAAAAAGAAAUUUCAGUUUAUUGAACAAGGUGACCCUAUAGACUUUAUGUCCUGGUUUCUAAAUGCAUUACACUUAGCUCUGAAUGGUACAAAGAAGCCUGAUUCUUCCAUUGUGUAUCGCUCCUUUCUGGGAUCGAUGAGAAUUUACACCCGCAAGAUUCCACCCAUAGAGUUGGAAGAGGAGCAGAAGAGUGCUCUACUGCUUACGGAUGAAUAUCAAGAGAAGGUGACAGAUUCACCAUUUCUUUAUCUGACAUGCGACCUACCACCUCCACCUCUGUUCAAAGAUGAAUUUCGGGAGAACAUUAUUCCACAGGUGAACUUGUAUACAUUGCUCCAGAAAUUCAAUGCACAAACUGAGAAAGAGUAUAAGACAUACAAAGAGAAUUUUAUGAAGAGGUUUGAAAUUACUAAGCUGCCACCAUACCUCAUAUUAUAUAUCAAGAGGUUUACGAAAAACACAUUCUUCGUUGAAAAAAAUCCAACCAUUGUGAAUUUUCCAGUCAAGAAUGUUGAUUUUGGAGAUAUUCUUACUCCAGAAGUCAAGGAGAAGUAUAACAACACAAUAUAUGAUCUGGUGGCAAAUAUUGUGCAUGAUGGUGAACCAGGCAAAGGCACAUACAGAGUACAUGUGCUGCACAAGGGAAGUGGCAAGUGGUAUGAGAUGCAGGAUCUUCAUGUCACCGACAUACUUCCACAGAUGAUCACAUUGACCGAGGCAUAUAUUCAGAUAUAUGAGCUCAGGAAGGAUUUUAAAGAUGAUAUGAAGAUGGAGGUUGUAUGACAUAAGGCAUCAAACACUGGCACAUUUCAUAAGUUUCCCAAGCAAGUACCUUACUGAAGAAUUCUUAAUGAGAGGAAAAUGGCAUGCAACAAUUGUUCAUUGAAAUGCCAGAGUGACUUAUGUAAAUAUUGUAUUUAUAACCUGACUGAAAAGUCCCUACUCCUCUACUACAAAAACUGUAUACUGUGCAGCAAAUGUCUGUUUGCACCGUCAUUCUCUACCUUGUCUCUUGCCCGUGGGUAGGCUGGCAAGUGAAACUACUCAUGUGGCACAUCACCUCCAGUGCAGACACUCAAAUGAUGCCAUCAAAAGACCACUGUAUUAAAAUUAAAUAUUUUAAUGAAAUUAAUUUUCUAAUUUAUCACUUGUUUUUCAUUUCCAAAUUGGCCAUUUGCUUUCCAUUUUUUCUGUUCAUUCUGAUUCAGUGAUUAAAUGUCUCUGACCGAUCUAUAAAUCCACGUAUCCAGAGGUUGAUCUGCAUUUGUUAUCAGAGUUUUUGUUGCCACUGGAAUGCUUUGUGUAUGUAAAAAAUACUAAGUUGAAGUAUGGUUCAGGUUACAUAUCUACUGUAACCAACUGCUGUCUUGUGGAAAAGAAUGGCCCUAUAAGAGGGCCAUGCACAAUGUCUUAUGGCAUCAUAUUGUGAGGUAACUUGUUACUGAGGAAAAAGAAUGUUUAUUGCACAGUGGUGUGCAAUAAGGACAAUGUGUGCCGUAAGUAUAAUAUGUGCUAUUUGGGCUAUAAUCUUAUGAAGACUGUUCUUUAAAGAGUUAGUGAUAUUAAAAACAGCCUGAUAUUACAUUUACUCCCUUAUAAAGUUCAUUGUCAAUAGUCUAUCUCAGUUUGAAAGCAACAGUAACAUCCAUAACUGUGAUAUUAGAAACAGAAAUGAUCUUCACUAUCCUUCAUUUAGCCUUAACAUACAACAGAAAGGAGUGCUUAUCUAUCAAAUGAGAUAAAGAAUGUAACAGAUAAUAAAAUUAAGUAAAUAUGCAAAUUAAAAUCAUAUCUACUUGAUAACUGAUACUCUAUAGAAAUAUUUGUGAAUGUGUAAUAAUAUUUAGUGUGAGAGGAGGGGGGAUUGAAGACUGUUAUGUAGAAAUCAAUGUAUGUUAAUUUAUAUUAAAAAAUCAUAGCUUAAUACAA